AUGGAGGUGUGGGAAGCCCUGGCCAAAAUGCAGCCAGACCUCAUCUGUCGCAUCUGCCUGGACUACAUCAAUGACCCUGUCACCAUCGACUGCGGCCACAGCUUCUGCGACUCCUGCAUCCACAUGUCAUCGAAGGAACUGCAGGACACAUUCCCUUGUCCCGUGUGCCCGCAGUCCCGCCAGGAGAUGCGCGUCAGUGCCAACGCCCAGCUGGGCAGGCUGGUGGACCUGGCCAAGCUCCUGCACAGCUCCAGGAGCAGCGAGAUGGCAGUGGCAGAGGAGGGCAGGUGUGAGGAGCACAGGCAGGGAGUGAGCCUCUUCUGCGAGGAUGACCAGGAGCUGGUGUGUCCCCAGUGCGCCCAGGGCCCUACCCACCAGAGCCACCAGGUCAGGUCCAUAGGCGAGGCAGCGGCUCAUCACAGACAGAGGCUUGGUGACUGCAUCAAGUCCCUGAAGAAGCAGCUGGUAGAGCUGCAGAAGCUAGAAGUCGCCCAAGACAGAAACAUCCUGCAGCUGAGAGAGGACAUGGGAAAGCACAGGAAUCAACUGGCCUUGGAAUUUGAGCAGCUCACCCAGUUUGUGGAGCGUGAGCACGAGGCCGCGCUCUGCAGGCUGACAGAAGAGGACAAACGCCUGCAGCAGCAGCUCAGGGCCAACCUGGAGGCCUACUCGGACCACAUCUCGGAGCUGAAGGACCUCAGACGGGAGGUGGCAGAGCGGAGCGUGAUGUCUGAAGCGAUGGUGCUGAGGGGCGUGAGGGGCCUGCAGCAGUGCUAUGCGGGCCUGCAGCCCCCGGCCGUGCAGCCCCUGCGCUUCUGGCCCGUGGCCUACAGCCUCCCUCCUCUGCACUCGCUGCUCAACAGCAUCAUCCGGAGAUUCCGAGAGCGCAUCAGCCUGGACCCCGACACGGCCCACCCCAGCCUGCGCGUGUCCCAGGACCUCCAGUCGGUGACCUGCGUGAGGGAGAGGUCCAAAGGGGAUGGCGACCCCUGGCCCUGGGAUGACACCGCCCAGCUGGUGGUCCUGGGCCGGGAGGGCUUCGCCUCUGGCUGCCACUACUGGGAGGUGCAGGUGGGUGUCAAGCCCGAGUGGGCCGUGGGCGUGUGCAGCGUGGUCCCUUCUGCGCAGACCUCGCGGCCUCUGGCGGCUCCCAAGAGAUGCUGGACGCUGCAGCUGCAAGACGGCGACUACCUGGCCCUGAGAAUGGAGGUGUUGGCAACACUGGCCAAAAUGCAGGCAGAGCUCAUCUGUCCCAUCUACCUGGACUACUCAGUCAUCAUCGACUUGGAGCACAACUUCUGUGACUGCUGCAUAAGCCUCUCACGAAAGGACAUGCAGGACAGAUACUAUUGCCCUGUCUGCGGGCAGCCCCACCAGGAGAAGAGUGUCAGUGCCAUUGCCCAGCUGGGCAGGCUGGUUGACCUGGCCAAGUUCACUACCGCUCCAAAAUGCUCACGUUGUUUUCCCUCCCACUCUAAGGUGCUGAGUCUUUCCACCUCAGAGGUGUUCAAUAGUCCUGCUUUGGAGCAGCAAUAG